GAUGCUUACUCCAACUUCUCUCUCUCCGAGCAUACACAUUACUUCCGUGUAUAGUCGUCUUUAAAAGCCCUACGCUUCUCUCAUUCUCUCUCCUCUCUCAGCAAUCCAACCCUUCAACACAAAACCUCUCUCUCUCUUAUGGCUGCAGCGACUCAAGCAAGCCUCCUUCUCACAAAGCAGCUCAAAGAUCUCAGCAAGAAUCCGGUGGAUGGAUUCUCGGCUGGAUUGGUUGAUGAUUCGAACAUCUUCGAAUGGAGCGUCACGAUCAUUGGCCCGCCCGACACUCUCUACGAUGGAGGUUAUUUUAAUGCCAUCAUGAGCUUCCCAGCAAAUUACCCGAACAGUCCUCCAUCAGUGAGGUUUACAUCAGAUAUGUGGCAUCCUAAUGUUUAUCCUGAUGGGCGGGUUUGCAUAUCAAUUCUUCAUGCUCCUGGGGAUGAUCCAAAUGGCUAUGAGCUUGCAAGUGAGCGAUGGACGCCAGUCCACACAGUUGAGAGCAUUGUUUUGAGUAUUAUUUCCAUGCUUUCAAGUCCUAAUGAUGAAUCUCCUGCAAACAUUGAAGCAGCGAAAGAAUGGAGAGAUCGGAGGGAUGAGUUCAAAAAGAAAGUCAGCCGCAUUGUCAGACGGUCACAAGAAAUGCUUUGAACCUGAAAAGAUAAGUCCUGCACAUCUCGGGGAGAAUCUGGUCAAAGCCAAUCUACAAUUCUCUUGCAUGUGAAUUCGUGUUGGAGGAAGGUCUGGUUGCUUAUCUGAUAAAUCUCGUAGCCCAUCAUGUAGAAUUUCUAUUGAAGUUCUUGCAUCCAUCUCUCCCCAUCUCUGUUUUGUUUUGUUUUUUGUUUUUUUUUUUUUUUUGACUGAUUGUUAGUACAUAAAAAUUUGGACAUUUUGUUAUAUUUAAUGGGCUUUGUUUGA